AUGGUCCAAAAGAAAAUCGAUAGUCGUAUUCGCACGCUGAUUGAAAAUGGCGUGAAGCUAAAUCAGCGAACAUUGAUGAUCAUUAUCGGAGAUAAUGGAAAAGAUCAAAUUCCCAAUUUGCACUACAUGCUAUCAAAGUGCCGCGUGCGUACGCGUCCUUCGGUGUUGUGGUGUUACAAGAAAGACCUGGGUUUCAGCACCCACAAGAAGAAACGCAUGCGAGAAAUCAAAAAGCUAAUCAGUCGUGGUGUAUACGACAAGGACGGCGAGAACCCGUUCGAUCUCUUCGUAUCGAGCACUGAAAUCCGCUGGUGCUACUACAAGGAGUCGAAGAACAUCUUGGGUCAAACCUAUGGCAUGCUGGUUCUGCAAGACUUCGAAUCGCUUACAGCGAAUCUCCUCUGCCGAACGAUCGAAACCGUGGAAGGUGGCGGCAUCAUCGCCAUUUUGCUCAAAACAAUGUCGAGCCUGAAGCAAUUCUAUGGCAUGGUCAUGGAUUGCCACGCCAAGUACCGCACCGAAUCGCAUGGCGACAUCACCCCUCGUUUCAACGAGCGUUUCAUCCUCUCCCUGUCCAACUGCUCCACCUGCAUGGUCCUCGACGACGAGCUGAACAUCCUCCCUAUCAACAAAAAGAUCCUCACCAUCGAGCCAAUCGCCGCGUCCCUCGCCGACGAAGACGCGCACGAAACGCCCUCCCAGCGCGCGUUACACGCGAAUCUGCAGCGCAUCAACGCGGAGCUGGACGAGAAGACGAAGUCGCUGGACCUGAAAUCGGCGGCCUUCGCGAACAGUCAAGUGCUUCGCGCGUUGACCGGAUUGUGUCGCACCGCCGACCAGGCCUCCGCCAAGACGCGGCAGACCACCGUGUCGGUGACGGCCUCCCGCGGGAGAGGCAAGUCGGCGGCGCUGGGUUUGACGGUGGCGGGAGCGAUCGGGUUCGGGUACAGCAACGUGUUCGUGACGGCGCCGUCGGCGGAGAACGUGCAGACGCUGUUCGAUUUCGCGGUGAAGGGGCUGAAGGCGCUCAAGUUCGCGGAGCACACCGACUUCGAGGUGAUCUAUUCCCCGCGGGAGGAGCAGGCGCACUGGGUGGUGCGCGUGAACGUGUUUAAGACGCACAGACAGGUCGUGCAGUUCGUGGACCCCGCGGAGGCGUCGAAAUUGGCGCAGGCGGAGCUGUGCAUCGUGGACGAGGCCGCCGCGAUCCCGCUGCCGCUCGUGAAGAGCCUGCUGGGCCCGUACAUCGUGUUCCUCAGCAGCACGGUGACCGGCUACGAGGGCACGGGCCGCUCGCUCUCCCUCAAACUGCUCAACGAGCUGCGCAAGCAGGACGCGGGCACGGGAAAAACGCUUCGCGAGAUCGAGCUGACGGAGCCCAUCCGCUACGCGCCGAACGACCCUGUGGAGCGCUGGCUGUACUCCUUCCUCUGCCUGGACUGCACCGCCACGCCGUACCGCCUGCUCUCCGGCACGCCGCACCCCGACGACUGCGAGCUCUACUUCGUGAACCGCGACUCGCUCUUCAGCUACCACAAGCUCUCCGAGGCUUUUCUCCAGCGCGUCUGGGCGCUCUACGUCGCCUCCCACUACAAGAACUCUCCCGACGAUCUCCAGCUCCUCUCCGACGCGCCCGCUCACAUGCUCUUCGUCCUGCUCUCCCCGCGGCAAGACGGCGCGCUCCCCGACGUCUACUGCGUCGCCCAGGUCUGCUUGGAGGGAAAUAUCUCCCGCGAAACCGUCCAGCGCGAGCUGCAGAAGGGCGCGCGGUCGGCGGGCGAUCUGAUCCCGUGGAUCGUCGCGCGGCAGUUCCUGGACAGCGACUUCUCGCAGCUGUCGGGCGCGCGGAUUGUGCGGAUUGCGACGCAUCCCGACGUGCAGGGAAUGGGCUAUGGACGACGCACACUGCAGCUGCUGAGACAGUACUUCGAAGGCAAGAUCGAGUUCACCGGAGACGACGAAGACGAAGACGAUGACCGCGAAGAUGACCGCGAAGAUGACAAGAUUGACAAGGUGGACGAUGGGUCUCUCCACGAGGUCGCAAAACCGCGGAAACAUCUUCCAUCUCUCCUCGUCGCGCUCUCCGAUCGGCGGCCCGAGCGCCUCCACUGGCUGGGCGUGAGCUUCGGCCUGACCGAGCAGCUGUUCAAUUUCUACGAGAAGGAAGGCUUCGCGCCGGUGUAUCUUCGCCAGACCGCGAACGAAUUGACCGGCGAGCAUUCCUGCGUUCUGCUUCGCCCUCUCGAUUGCUCGGCAUUGCCCGACGCGCCCAGCGACGGCUGGCUGGCGUCCUUCGUGGCGGACUUCCAACACCGCUUCAUCAACCUGCUCGCCUUCCAGUUCCGCGCGUUCCCCGCGCGCUUAGCGCUCCGAUUGCUCGCGAAGAAGCUCGUGCUCUCCGUGGCUGACGAGGCCCACAAAGACGUCUAUGUUAAGCCGCUAACAGACACGGAGAUCCGGUUCUUCCUCAGCAACGACGAUCUGAGCCGGCUGGGGAGCUACGCGCGGAACUACGUGGAUUAUCACAUGAUUCUCGACACCAUUCCCGAGAUCGCGCGGCUCUAUUUCAACCGGCGCUUCGGCGAUCUCGCGAUGAGCGCGCUGCAGGAAACCAUUCUCAUCGGACAGGGACUGCAGCACAAAACCAUCGACGAGCUCCUCGCCGAGUUCCCCAAGGUCGCGUCGGCGCAGCUGCUCUCGCUGUUCAACCGCAGCGUUAUUAAGAUCUACAAGGCGCUCCAGAAUACGCUGAGUCGGGAGGAAGAGGAAGAGGACCGGCAGAGAAUGAAGGAGGAGGCGAAGGUAGCGAGUACGCUGAAGCCGCUGGAAGAGACGCUGGAGCAGGACUUGAAAAAAGCGGGGGAAAAAGUGGAAUUGCAAUUAUCGAGGCAAAUUUUGAAGGAUGAAGAAUUGAAGGAGUAUCGCGUGGAGGGGACGGAGGAGGAGUGGAAGGACGCGUUGAAGAAGGGAGUGAACGGAUUGGUGUCGAUUCCGGUGAGUAAGAAGCGAGAUGGAGAUGAUGCCGCGGGGAAGGGAUCGAGCGGGAAGAAGUUUAAGAAGGGGAAGAAGGGACAUAAGAAGCAUUAA